AUGUGGGGAGCUGGAAUCGAGUUCACCAACGUCUUCUGUGGUAUCUUCUCGUCACUACACCUAUACAAUAUGGCCCAGGCCGCGACCAACGGACAGUUCAGCUGGCCCGACCUGGACUGCAUCGUCGACUUGCAUGGAGCAGAACAUCUUUUUUACGGCAGUCUUCCUACAAAAGGUACUGAAUUUGAACGUCGCUUUUCACUUGCCAUGGGACAGUCUGCCAGGUUGGCGUCAUCGGACCGCCGUCACACCAAGCAUUGGGUCUCGGCUCGUGGGUUUGCCAAUGCUGUCCGCCAGUUGCGACCAUCAAGCAUACUCAUCCAGACGCUCGCUGACAGAUACAACGCCAUCAGACUCGAAACUCGCAACGGAACCUUGCCCGGCGGCGCCCUCGAAUUGCUCGUCGACUGGCAGAAGCAGCGGCCAUCCGACGCUCUAGUGAGGCGCGAAUCCCAGUCGUCGUUCAUCGUACCCCUACUAGACCUAGCCACGAACGUCGUAAACGAAGAGUGGGAGCACCUGCUCUUCGAUUAUUUCGCGAUGCAUCGGCGGUGUUGGGACACUCUUCUCAGACUGCAAACAGACCUCCAUGACGAGCUAGCCUUCGCUGAGCGGAUGUUUGGUUGGAACCUCUUAGAGAGAAACCAUCUCAACAUCCGGUGCAUCCCUGGCUUCAUCAUGCAGUUGACGAGCGAAAACGCUGAAAUCAACAGACGUGGAGGCCGUCCCUCAACGACUUCUGAUGAUUUAUCGAGUGUCGUACCUCGGACAUAUUCCAUACCGGAAGAUGUAGCAAGAGCACAAGGAUUUGUCGGGCGCGACCACGUCAGGCAGCUGAUGGACUAUGAAGAAGACGUCGAGGAAAUAGAAGAGAUCGAAGACCACAGCACUGGUCUUGACGAGAACAGCACAACGGCGCGCCCAGGUCCUUCCACAGGUAGCCGUCACAAUCAGAGGGGCUCUCGCGAUCCCAACCUAGACGCAGACCUAGAAAUGCUGACCAUAGAUCUUGCUCUGGACCCGGAAGCCACCCCACAGCAAAACCAAUGCGACGCCGAGGCUGUGCUGAACGUCCUGAGAAGUAGACCUUCAGACCAGUGGUUGGCCAGCAUGCAGAGUCUGCUCGCCGUGCUGCAAGGUCAGGGCGCAGACCUCGAGUUCCUGGCGACGACUGAUGUUGACCAGGCGAAGAAGCUGCUUCAGGAAGUGAAUGGAAUAGCGGAUGCCCAGGCGAAGAAGAAGCAGAAGAACAAGAACAAGAAUAAGAAUCGUGCCUUGCGGCGGAAGGCCGAACGUCAGGCGCUGCAGGAGACGCAGGGGACGCAGGGGACGCAGGAGUCGCAGGAAACGCAGGAGUCGCAGGAAACGCAGGAGUCGCAGGAAACGCAGGAGUCGUAG